AUGGAGGUGGCGGGGAUAUCGGCGCCCACGGUGACCAUCUUCAUCAGCAGCUCCCUCAACAGCUUCCGCUCGGAGAAGUGCUACAGUCGCAGCCUCACCCUCGCGGAAUUCAAGUGCAAACUGGAGCUGGUGGUGGGCAGCCCUGCUUCCUGCAUGGAGCUGGAGCUGUAUGGAGUCGACGACAAAUUCUACAGCAAGUUGGAUCAGGAGGAUGCGCUGCUAGGCUCCUACCCCGUAGACGACAGCUGCCGCAUCCAUGUCAUUGACCACAGCGGCGCCCGCCUCGGGGAGUACAAGGACAUGUCCAGGGUGGAGAAAUACAAGAUCUCACAAGAAGCCUAUGAGCAGAGGCAAGACUCGGUGCGCUCCUUCCUGAAGCGCAGCAAGCUAGGCCGCUACAACGAAGAGGAGCGAGCCCAGCAAGAGGCGGAGGCCGCCCAGCGCCUCGCCCAGGAGAAGGACCAAGCCAGCGCCAUCUCCGUGGGCAGCCGCUGCGAAGUGCGCGCGCCCGGACAGUCCCCUCGCCGGGGCACCGUCAUGGAUGUCGGACUCACAGAUUUCAAGCCUGGCUACUGGAUCAGUGUCCGUUACGAUGAGCCACUAGGGAAAAACAAUGGCAGUGUGAAUGGAAAACGCUACUUCGAAUGCCAGGCCAAGUACGGUGCCUUUGUCAAGCCAUCAGUUGUGAUGGUGGGGGACUUCCCAGAGGAGGACUACGGGCUGGACGAGAUGUGA